CGCAGUUGAUGCUUCAUUUCCUCACAUUUGCCUGUAGUUCGGGAGAGGACGCUGCCUGACGAGGGUUUUUUUCCCCCUCCACAUCUAUUUAUUCUAUUCGUGCUUUUCCCUCUGUGCGUCGUGAUCGUUUUGGAAUGAGCCGCUUUCUGACCGCCGUGGUUUCCAUGCCAGCAUGGGAACUGCCGUGUCCAAGAGGCGGAAUCUGAGGAAUGAUGCUAUUUCAUCGGUGGCAGCAAAAGUUAGAGCAGCCCGAGCAUUUGGAGAGUACCUUCACGCUCACCCUGAGAGCCGAAACGGAUCAGAUCACUUAUUGUCUGACACCCUCAUUGGCCACGACUCGGACUCGCCGGAUAGUGUUUGCACCCAGAACAACAACCACCAGCAGAUCUUUCCUCUUCAGGACUCAAACAGCAGCACCGAACCCAGUCUGAUCGACCCUACGGUGCGCCUGCUGCAGCCUUCAGCCAUCCCUUCUACCUCCUCUGAGAGCCGCCUAUCACUGGAGCGUAGCUUUUCGGUCGAGGAGGAGCAGCAGAAGUGUGUGGAGUGCUCGCUGCAGCCAUCACGCGUCUACACCAUCAGCGGCGAGAGUGCCAUGCUCUCAGGACGCCGUAACAGCAAGGAGAGCUUAGAGCUGGAUGUACUGAGGGAGACACGGGACUCCCCGUCUGCCUCUCAAGCCCUCGCCCAGGCCUCCACAUCCUCCUCACCCAUCCAGCAUCACCACCAUCAUCACGCCAACCACCACCAUAGCACCACUGGCCCAAAUAUGCAGCAGCCUGCAGGUGGAGCGUCAGGAAGCGCCGGAGCAGGUCCAUCGCAGCACCAACACCACCAUCACCAUCAUCAUCACCACAACCUCUCUCAACCCCUGCAGAGUUCCGUCAGCGCUCACAACAUACGCGGGUGGGGUGAGGGCAAAGAGUGCAGCCUGGCGUGCGACCUAUGCCCCGGAGCACCGUCACGCAGCCAAGGCUCGCUAGAGCUUGAGAGCAGCAUGCGAGAGCCAGGCAAGCAGCGCCGCCCACUAGAGCGCAUGAGCAGUGUGGACCGGGUGACUUUUAUAGACAGAGAAGACAACCAGUGGUACCCCAAAGAGAACAUGUUCAGCUUCCAGACUGCUACCACGACCAUGCAAGCGAUAUCAAAUUUCCGGAAGCACCUUCGAAUGGUGGGCAGCAGAAGAAUGAAAGCUCAGACCUUUGCAGAGCGCAGGGCGAAGAGCUUCAACCGCUCCUGGAGCGACCCGACCCCGGUCAAGCAAGACUCGCUACCCGACUCAAAAGACAGUGGAGAUCUGCAGGUGCCGUCUGCUUCACAAGACGAAGGAGGCUGCAAUGACACGGGCUGGGAGGAGGAGAAAGAGAUGGAGAGACUGGCCUGUGAAAGCGAUGACUUCAUCCCUCCUAAAGUCAUGUUGAUAUCAUCGAAAGUUCCCAAAGCAGAGUACGUCCCCAACAUUAUUCGCAGAGGUGACCCUUCCAUUAUCCCGAUACUUUAUGAUCAUGAGCAUGCUACAUUCGAUGAUAUUUUGGAGGAAAUUGAAAAAAGACUUACUUCCUAUAGGAAAGGAUGCAAGAUCUGGCAUAUGCUCAUCUUCUGUCAGGGUGGACCAGGGCAUUUGUAUCUGCUGAAGAAUAAAGUGGCCACUUUUGCCAAGGUGGAGAAAGAGGAGGACAUGAGCCAGUUUUGGAAAAGACUAAGCAGAUUUAUGAGUAAAAUAAACCCUGAGCCUAACCUGAUCCAUGUCAUGGGCUGCUAUGUACUGGGAAAUCCUAACGGAGAAAAGCUGUUUCAGAAGCUGAAGAACCUGAUGAGGCCUUAUUCAGUCACCUUUGAGUCACCACUGGAGCUAUCUGCACAGGGCAAGGAAAUGAUUGAAACGUACUUUGACUUCCGCCUCUAUCGGUUGUGGAAGACGCGACAGCACUCGAAGCUCUUGGACUAUGAGGAUCUAUUGUGACCCAGAGACCCUGAGAUUGUGGAUGCAAGCAGACAGAACUCUUCUCUCCCCGAACCCACCCCUCUGUGAAACACCACAUUCCACCAGCUGUCAUUAAAGAGAACAGGAAAAGGAGAUCAUGCCGCUGGUACCCGAGAGUCCGUUAUUAUGUGUUUCGACUCUUAACUCGAGACCCUGAUCUGUUAGUGUGGCAGAUGGGUUCAGGGCUGAAGACGGAGAUGAGAGGAGACAUGUGCCAGCGAUAGCAUUUCACGUCAGAGUAAGCGAAAUGAAAUCUCUCCUUAGUGGCAGUGUUGAAGAAUGGAGGCUGACUGUUCAGUGUUUUCUAUGUCACACAUCUACUUCACUAAGGCUAUUGACGAGUAUCGUGCUUGAGAAAAAAAAAAAAGAUGAUGUCAGGCUGUUUUUCGAACUUUUUAUUUUUCGAAAAAUUUAAUUGAGACAUGAGAAGAAAUCAUAGUAAUAUACAGUAUGGAUGUGCAUACAUCUUGUUAAUAUAUUAUGUAGCCAUAGUCAUGCAAAUAACCCAAACGUCAGUGGUCUAUAAUUUAUAUAAUGAUGUUUAUUGUUGUGGUCUUUUUAAUGACGUCCUUUGAAUAACUCAGGUUUUAGCCAUUGAUGAGUAUGUCCAUUAAACCUCUGUCCAGAUGUGA